UCACGUUCAGUCGUUGCUGGGGGUUGGACGGAGUGAGACAGGGUAUGCGCGGUUAUCAGAAUACCGGAUCAUUUCACUGCUUUUGUUCAGUAUUUAAGCAGCAGUCUUCCAGUGAAGGUCAGUAGAACGGAGCAACGGAGCCGACAGGCUUCUGGAAGUGUAUCGAUUCCAUCGAUAGACCGAGCGUGUUGAAAGUGCCGCUGAUCGUUCCUGCCGGGAUGACCCACUAACCACUUCAGUGCAGCUCCUAGCGCCACCAGUCAGGAUCUGUUUGAAAAGCUUAAUAUAGCUCUUUGUGUCACGUGUUUGAUUAGCCUUAGUAUACAGUAGAAAGUAUGAAUUCCUCGCGGGCGAAGAAUAGUUGGCGAUUAGUGUUAAGUGGUGCUUUGUGUGUACUAAUCUGUGAUAUCCAUUGGGUGGCCGCGGCAGUAUUUAAGUCACCCAACAAAGACGAUGCCACCUACUGGAGGAACAAUGCGGAGACCUAUCUGAAGCGGGUUCUUCAAUACGAUAGCCACCAGCAUGGUAUUGGGGUUGCGAAAAACGUCAUUAUUUUCGUUGGUGACGGAAUGGGUGUUUCGACUCUGUCCACCGGUCGGAUCUUCAAAGGUCAGAUGGCCGGUCGGUCCGGUGAGGAGGAAUCGUUGACUUUCGAUCACUUCCCGUACACGGGCUUUGCGAAAACAUACAACACCGAUCGACAGGUGCCCGACUCGGCUGGAACGGCAACGGCAUUGUUCACCGGUGUCAAAACCAAGUAUGGCGUAAUCGGAGUCGAUUACACGGUGACGGAGACGAAUGAGCUGAGUGCUAGCGUGUCCAAUAUCAUGGAGUGGGCACAGAUGGCCGGGAAGCGCACUGGAAUUGUGACCACAACGAGAGUGACACAUGCGACACCGGCAGCGACCUAUGCGCACUCGUUCAACCGGAACUGGGAGUGUAACAUAAAAAUACCUGACAAUUUGCGGAAUAAGACGAAGGACAUUGCUCGCCAGCUGGUUGAAAACGCACCCGGGAAUAAAUUGAAUGUCAUACUGGGUGGUGGCAGAAGCGAGCUUGGAGUUAGUAUGCCUGACCUCAUGAAUACGGAUAACAAGAUCAACGGAUCAAUGGACAAACCGUGCAACCGGACGGAUGGUCGGAACCUGGUGAACACUUGGUUAGAAGACAAAAAAGGAUUACCGGCUGCUUUUGUCAUGAAUACAUCGCAACUUCUAAGCACAGAUGUUGAUGAAAUAGACUACCUGUUAGGAUUAUUUGCUAACGAACACAUGUCCUACGACAGGCUACGUGAUAAAACUGGUGGUGGCGAACCUUCAUUAUCUGAUAUGACUGAGAAAGCUAUUCGAGUCCUGAAACGCAAACACUCGAAUGGUUUUGUUCUGAUGGUGGAAGGUGGCAGAAUAGACCAUGGUCAUCAUCAGAAUAUCCCUCGGUUGGCGCUUAGUGAACUUGUUGAACUUGAUAGAGCAGUAGAAAGAGCACUGGGUCUGAUUGAUCUGGAGGAUACGUUGGUUAUCGUAACGGCAGACCACUCACAUGCUAUGACCUUCAACGGUUAUCCCGACAGAGGCAAUGACAUAUUGGGCUUCGGUAAUCGUCCGGACAAACUUCCUUACGAAACUAUCAGCUACGCCAACGGACCCGGAUUCCGUUACCAUCGGGCCAACGAUAAUCCUGAGGUGCCGAAGCAUCAUGGAACCUGGAUCCCGGUGGAAACGAUGGAUCGCUCAGCUAUAAGCUAUCGCCACCUAUCCGCCCUACCGUUGGAUGAUGAAACGCACGGUGGUGAAGAUGUCGCCGUGUUUGCUGCCGGUCCCGGGUCCGGUUUGGUGCGGGGAACCUUCGAGCAGAACUACAUUGCCUAUGUGAUGAGCUAUGCGGGCUGUAUGGGACCGGCAAAACGAAUGAACGAAGGUUGUUGGCACAGAAAGAGUUCCUCGGGAGUGGUGGCAUCCGCCUACGGAGUUGGUACCGUUACUCAACUGUUGAUCAGUAUUUCAUCCGUGAUGGUAGCUAGGCUGUGUCACCAUUUCUAAUCCGAAUUUAUAGUAUACUUUAUGUAGUAUAAUUCAGUUAAGUUAAAUUUAAAGUAUUUUAAGUAGAGUAGAAUAAGUUUUGUAUAGUUGGAGUAUAAUUAGAAUCUAAAUAAUAGCAAAAUUGUAAAUAUUCAAUUUACCAACUAUCACAGCCCGAAAAUGUUGAUUUGAUAAAUCAUUCACAUUGCUUCGAUCUUUGUGUACCAUAGUUUUUAUUUAGUAUGCACCCGAACUAAGACGAUUGAAUUGUUAGUUGUACUAGAUAAUGAGGCAGAUUUUCCAAUCUCCAUGUCAGUAAUAAUAUGAAGUAUCACCUUAUAUGUUUUGCUGGUACGUAUCAAGAUGUAGGGGGGGGGGGGGUGGCUAGGUAUCAAAACACUUUUAUUUAGGUAGGGUUUAGGGUCUAAACGAUGAAAAUAAUCAUCAUUUUUGCGAAUUUUUUUUCCAGAUCAAUCGUUCAACA